GAGCGGAGCCGGGGCGGGGGGAGGGACCCAUCGGCCAGGCGUAGUGUCCCCCGAAGCAUGGCUGGUGCCGAUCACUGCGCUACACAAACCGCGAGGUACGCCCAGGCUCAGGUGCGGCAGGCGACGGACCGCUCGCCGCCCCCUCGCUAGGCAACGCAGCGAGCCAUCUCCGCGGCAGGCUGUGACCCAGCGCCAGCCCUGGCAACCACGGGAGUCCUCGGCUCAGCCCCGCUCUGCCUCGCCGCUCUUGGGCUCAACACUGACCCUGCUCCUGCCCAGGGGACACGUUUGCAGCCCACGUGCAUGGCUCGUGUACGUUUCAGGGCCAGUGGUUUCUCGCCCUCGCCCCCGCCCCCUUCCCCAGGAACCCGAGCAGCGCAAAGCCCCAUAAACAGGAAGGUGGGAAUGAGCCCAGCAAGUCCCGCCGCCUCUUAUCGGCGCUGGCCCCACGGGCGCGUUCCCAGCGGCAGCCGGCGCAGCUCGCCCGGGCUCCGGCUCGGCGGCGGAGGCAGCCCCACCUCCCCCACCUCGCUGCUGCUGCUGCUGCUGCAAAGAUUUACGAGGCACAGCCUCAGAUUCAGGUUACGCGGCCCCCGGCAGCGGCGCAGGGCAAACCCCUCCCCUCGCGCGGCACAGCCCCGGGGCCCGAGGGAUUCCAGUAACACGCUCGCCCCGUCACCGGGCAGGGGCGGGGCCGGGGCCGGGGCCAGAUAAAAGCGGGGCAGGCGGCGGCUCCCGGGUUCAGACUAGCUGACCCGGUGUCGGAACAAACUCCUCGUCGGCACGGGCCCGGGCGCUCCCAGCGUGACACGCCGCCGGGCAGGGUGAGCCCAGGCGCAGCCUCCAGCCCAGCCGGACAGCCGAGGGGGAGCCCCUCCCCAGUGGCGGCGCUAGCAGCCCGCGGAGCCGGAGCCGGAGCCCGAGCCCCGCUGCCCCCCCCCCGCCCCCGCCAGCUCUGUGCAGCCGCUGCCCGCUCUCCGAUGAGCGCCGCCGCCCUGUACAGCCUGGACUCCCCGGCAUGCUACAGGAACUGGUCCCUGGAGCCGGCCAACUUCUACGACACUAAGGCGGGCGGCGGCGGGCUGAGCCCCUCCUGCAAGCCCGGGAGCGGCGGCAUGAGCGCCGAGGAGCAGGGGGGCGGCGGCGGCAGCAGCAGCAGCCUGGCCGAGCUGAGCGCCGCCGCCCCGGCCAUGUACGAGGACGAGAGCGCCAUCGACUUCAGCUCCUACAUCGACUCCAUGUCGGCGGUGCCCAACCUGGAGCUGUGCAACGACGAGCUCUUCGCCGACCUCUUCAACAGCAACCACAAGGCGGAGCGGGGCGGCGACUACGGCGAGUACCUGCCGCCGGCGGGCCGCGACCCCGCCAAGGACUUCGGCGGCGCCCUGCUGGGUGGCGAGCCGCGGCCCGGCUCCUCCUCCGCCCCGCGGGCCGCUCUGAAGCGGGAGCCGGACUGGAGCGACAGGGAGCUCUCCUCCUCCCUGCUGCCCUCGCAGGUCGCCACCUGCGCCCAGACCAUCAUGAACCUGAGCGGGCAGCCCACGCCGCCCACCUCGCCCGAGCCCGCGGGCAGCAGCUCGCCCUCCAGCUGCAGCACCAGGUCCCCCUCGUCGUCCUCCUCCUGCGGCCAGGGGGCGGCGGCGGGCAAAGAGCGGAGCGGCAAGAAGUGGGUGGACAGGUUCAGCCCCGAGUACCGGCAGCGCCGGGAGCGCAACAACAUCGCCGUGCGCAAGAGCCGCGACAAGGCGAAGCGCCGCAACCAGGAGAUGCAGCAGAAGCUGCUGGAGCUGUCGGCCGAGAACGAGAAGCUGCACAAGAAGAUCGAGCAGCUGAGCCGGGACUUGACCAGCCUCAGGCACUUCUUCAAGCAGCUGCCUGGCGCCUCCUUCCUGCAGCCCGGCUCGGGCACCGACUGCCGGUAACUCAGUGGGCAGGGACGCGAGGGACGGUGACUGCCUUAUCCUACCAAUACCUCAGAGACCUCCACGGAGCAGCCGCGCUGCAGAGCCAGGACUGGCCUACCUGCGGCGGGGAGGGGGCCUCGGGACUGCGGCGGGGGCCGCUGCUGCUGCGGCUCGGCUCGGCUCCCUAAGCGGCAUUAAGGGAGAGAGGAAGACGACAGUGAAAUUGUGCUGGGUUUCAGUUUCCUUUGAACGUUGUAGCAAAAUUGGGCUAGGACCCUGGGUCUUUUGCAAAAAAAAAAAAAAAAUUGAGAGAGAGAGAGAAAAGGAAAAAAGCUAAACUUGUGUUUUUUCCCCUUAAAUUAUUUUUGUAAUAGUUGUUUUUGUUCUUUCUACAUUUUACUCAUAUUGAUGCAGCUAUGGUACAUUUGUAAAAACGAUUCAAAAACCCUUUAUACUGUAGAUAGUAGGAGGAAAAAGACUGAGCAUGCUCAACCUUUUAUAUCAAUUUUUACAGCAUUUCUAAGAAUAAAAAAGCAUUUUUAAUCA